CCGCCCUUCCCCGCCUCCCCCCCCUUUUCCCGCCGCCUCCCCCGCCCGCCUGGAAGCAUGAAUUGGCAGCGGAGGUGCUGCUCCUCGCCGCCGCCUCCCCGCCGGUGAGAGCGAGGAGGGAGGGAAGAUGGGGCCCGUCCUGCGCAGCCUACUCGCCUGCAGUUUUUGUUCCUUGAUGAGAGCUGCCCCGCUGUUGCUGUACGCGAACCGACGGGAUCUGCGACUGGUGGACGCUGCCAAUGGGAAGGAGAAUGCCACCGUGAUCGUGGGUGGCUUAGAGGACGCAGCAGCAGUGGACUUUGUGUUUGUAAAGGGGUUGAUUUACUGGAGUGAUGUCAGUGAAGAAGCCAUUAAACGAACAGAAUUCAAUAAAUCUGGGAGUGUACAAAAUGUGGUCAUUUCUGGACUUCUGUCACCCGAUGGGCUGGCAUGUGACUGGCUGGGAGAAAAAUUAUACUGGACAGAUUCUGAAACAAAUCGGAUUGAGGUUUCUAAUUUAGAUGGAUCACUGAGAAAAGUUUUGUUUUGGCAAGAAUUGGAUCAACCCAGAGCAAUUGCCUUAGAUCCUGGAAGAGGGUUCAUGUAUUGGACAGACUGGGGAGAAGUGCCAAAGAUAGAACGUGCUGGGAUGGAUGGUUCAAGCCGCUCCAUUAUAGUUAACACAGACAUAUAUUGGCCAAAUGGACUGACGUUGGAUUAUGAGGAACAGAAACUUUAUUGGGCAGAUGCUAAACUGAAUUUCAUCCACAAAUCAAAUCUGGAUGGCAGUCAUAGGCAAGCAGUGGUUAAAGGCUCCCUUCCACAUCCUUUUGCUUUGACGCUGUUUGGGGACAUGUUGUACUGGACUGACUGGAACACACAUUCGAUCUUGGCCUGCAGCAAGUACUCCGGGGAGGACCUGCGUGAAAUACAUUCCAACAUCUUCUCUCCCAUGGAUAUCCAUGCUUUCAGCCAAAAGAGGCAGCCAAAUGCUACAAACCCAUGUGGAAUUAAUAAUGGUGGCUGCUCCCACUUGUGUUUGAUGUCUCCUACCAAGCCCUCUUAUCAGUGUGCAUGUCCCACUGGUGUGAAACUUCUCGAAAAUGGAAAGACCUGCAAAGAUGGUGCCACUGCACUGCUGCUUUUAGCCCGCCGGACAGAUCUGAGGCGAAUUUCCUUAGACACCCCAGAUUUUACAGACAUCGUUUUGCCACUGGAGGACAUCCGUCAUGCCAUUGCCAUUGACUUUGAUCCUCUGGAAGGAUACAUCUAUUGGACGGAUGAUGAAGUCAGGGCCAUCCGCCGCUCGUUUAUCGAUGGGUCGGGCAGUCAGUUUGUUGUUACAGCACAGAUUGCACAUCCCGAUGGCAUCGCUGUGGACUGGGUUGCCCGAAAUCUGUAUUGGACGGACACCGGCACAGAUCGUAUUGAAGUUACAAGACUCAAUGGGACCAUGAGAAAAAUCUUGAUAUCAGAAGACCUGGAAGAACCCAGAGCUAUUGUGCUGGAUCCCAUGGCUGGCUACAUGUACUGGACUGACUGGGGAGAAAUCCCAAAGAUCGAAAGGUCAGCAUUAGAUGGCUCAGACAGAAUUGUGCUGGUGAAUACCUCGCUUGGCUGGCCAAAUGGACUGGCACUGGAUUAUGCAGAAAGCAAAAUGUACUGGGGAGAUGCCAAAACAGACAAAAUAGAGGUCAUGAAUACUGAUGGAACUGGUAGAAGAGUUCUGGUGGAGGACAAACUGCCUCAUAUAUUUGGAUUCACGUUGUUGGGAGACUACAUUUAUUGGACAGAUUGGCAAAGACGCAGCAUCGAACGCGUGCAUAAGCGCACAGCAGAGAGAGAGAUCAUCAUAGAUCAGCUGCCUGAUCUAAUGGGCCUAAAAGCUACAAAUGUUCGCCAGAUAAUUGGUACAAACCCAUGUGCGGAAGAUAACGGCGGCUGCAGCCACCUGUGUCUGUACAGACCACAAGGCCUUCGCUGUGCCUGCCCCAUCGGCUUGGAGCUCAUCAAUGACAUGAGGACCUGCAUCGUCCCAGAAGCUUUCCUGCUGUUUUCUCGGAGAGCAGAUAUCAGACGAAUCUCUCUAGAAACCAACAACAACAACGUUGCUAUCCCGCUCACUGGAGUCAAGGAAGCUUCCGCUCUGGAUUUUGAUGUGACAGACAAUCGCAUUUACUGGACUGACAUUUCACUGAAGACCAUCAGCAGAGCGUUUAUGAAUGGCAGCGCACUGGAACACGUUGUGGAGUUUGGCUUGGAUUACCCUGAAGGCAUGGCUGUGGACUGGCUGGGGAAGAACCUGUACUGGGCUGAUACUGGAACAAAUCGUAUAGAAGUGUCAAAGCUGGAUGGGCAACAUCGCCAGGUGCUGGUGUGGAAAGAUCUAGACAGUCCCCGGGCAUUGGCAUUGGACCCUGCUGAGGGGUUUAUGUACUGGACCGAAUGGGGUGGUAAGCCAAAGAUUGACAGAGCUGCUAUGGAUGGCAGCGAGCGGACUACCCUGGUACCGAAUGUGGGACGUGCCAACGGCCUGACUAUUGAUUAUGCCAAAAGGCGCCUGUACUGGACUGACCUCGAUACCAACCUGAUAGAAUCCUCCAACAUGCUGGGCCUUGACCGUGAGAUUAUAGCUGAUGACUUGCCUCACCCGUUCGGCUUGACUCAGUAUCAGGAUUACAUUUACUGGACAGACUGGAGCCGGCGCAGCAUUGAACGAGCCAACAAGACCAGUGGCCAGAACCGAACGAUCAUCCAAGGGCAUUUGGAUUACGUUAUGGACAUCUUGGUCUUCCAUUCAUCCAGGCAGGCAGGCUGGAACGAGUGUGCCUCAAGCAACGGUCACUGCUCUCACCUGUGCUUAGCAGUGCCUGUUGGUGGAUUUGUCUGUGGCUGCCCAGCUCACUAUUCCUUGAACUCUGACAACCGGACCUGUAGUGCUCCUACAACGUUUUUGUUGUUCAGUCAGAAGAGUGCGAUUAAUCGCAUGGUGAUAGAUGAGCAGCAGAGUCCAGACAUCAUACUCCCUAUCCACAGUCUCAGGAAUGUUCGAGCCAUUGAUUAUGAUCCCCUGGAUAAGCAGCUGUACUGGAUUGAUUCUCGGCAGAACAUCAUCCGGAAGGCACAGGAAGACGGCAGCCAGAGCCUCACUGUUGUGACAAGCCCAGUUCCCAAUCAGAACCUAGAUAUGCAGCCUUAUGACCUGAGCAUUGACAUCUACAGCCGUUACAUCUACUGGACCUGCGAAGCUACCAAUGUGAUCAAUGUGACACGCGUGGAUGGGAGACCCAUGGGAGUGGUGCUCAAAGGAGAUCAGGAUAGGCCCAGAGCCAUUGUGGUGAAUCCAGAGAAAGGGUACAUGUAUUUCACCAACCUACAGGAAAGGUCUCCUAAAAUUGAGAGAGCAGCACUGGAUGGAACUGAACGAGAAGUCCUUUUUUUCAGUGGUUUGAGCAAGCCCGUAGCCUUAGCUAUCGACAGCCAGCUAGGCAAGUUGUUCUGGGCUGAUUCAGAUCUGCGGAGAAUUGAAAGUAGUGACCUGUCAGGUGCUAACCGGAUUGUUUUGGAAGACUCUAAUAUCUUGCAGCCUGUAGGACUCACUGUAUUUGAAAACUGGCUGUAUUGGAUUGAUAGACAGCAGCAGAUGAUUGAAAAGAUUGAUAUGACUGGUCGAGAAGGACGUACAAAGGUCCAAGCUCGUAUUGCACAACUCAGUGACAUCCAUGCUGUGAAAGAACUCAACAUUCAGGAAUACAGACAACAUCCUUGUUCUCAAGACAAUGGUGGCUGCUCACACAUUUGCAUUGUGAAGGGCGAUGGCACCACACGCUGUUCUUGCCCAGUCCACCUUGUUCUGCUGCAGGAUGAGCUGUCCUGUGGAGAACCACCAACAUGCUCCCCUCAGCAAUUCACCUGUUUCACAGGUGAGAUUGACUGCAUCCCGGUGGCCUGGCGCUGUGAUGGUUUCACUGAAUGUGAAGACCACAGUGAUGAAAAGAACUGCCCAGUGUGCUCAGAUACCCAGUUCCAGUGUGAAAGUGGACAGUGCAUAGACAGUGCCCUCCGGUGCAAUGGAGAAGCAAAUUGUCAGGACAACUCAGAUGAGAAGAACUGUGAAGUGCUUUGUUUAACCGAUCAGUUCCGCUGUGCCAGUGGGCAGUGCAUUGGGAAAAGCAAGAAAUGUGAUCACAACCUGGACUGCAGUGACAGCUCAGAUGAGCAAGGAUGCUACACAACAGAGGAACCUGCGCCACAGCCCAACAACACGAUCGGCUCCAUCAUUGGUGUGAUCCUCACAGUUUUCGUGGUUGGGGCAAUGUACUUCAUCUGCCAGAGGGUACUGUGCCCACGCAUGAAGGGAGAUGGAGAAACAAUGACCAAUGAUUAUGUGGUGCAUGGACCAGCCUCUGUACCUCUGGGUUAUGUGCCUCACCCGAGCUCUUUGUCAGGGUCUCUUCCUGGUAUGUCUCGAGGUAAAUCUGUCAUCAGCUCCCUAAGCAUUAUGGGAGGGAGCAGUGGACCGCCCUAUGACAGGGCCCAUGUUACUGGAGCCUCUUCCAGUAGUUCUUCAAGUACCAAAGGCACUUACUUUCCUCCAAUUUUGAACCCACCACCAUCACCAGCUACCGAACGUUCACACUAUACCAUGGAAUUCGGUUAUUCUUCAAACAGCCCAUCCACUCAUAGAUCCUACAGCUACAGGCCUUACAGCUACCGGCAUUUUGCACCUCCCACGACGCCCUGCAGCACAGACGUCUGUGACAGUGACUAUGCCCCCAGCCGCAGGGUCACGGCAGCCACGGGCAAGGGCUACACCAGUGACUUGAACUAUGACUCAGAGCCGGUCCCUCCACCGCCCACCCCCCGCAGCCAGUACUUGUCGGCGGAGGAGAACUACGAGAGCUGCCCGCCUUCCCCCUACACGGAGCGCAGCUACUCCCACCACCUCUACCCACCGCCACCGUCCCCCUGCACGGACUCCUCAUGAGGGGGAGCCCCCCCACCCCAUUAUCUGCCUCCGCUGUGAAAGUGUAAAUACAAAAUAUUCUACUGGGGAGGGGGGGAGGGAGCUCUCGGAAAAGGAAUGAGGUAGGACAGUGUACAGUUAAAAUGUUACUAGAUGGGGUGGGGAAAUACUGAAGAUAUUUGUACAGAAGAAUUAAAAAAAAAAGGAUAUUUAUAUAUUUUCUUAAACAGCAACUGCUGCUUGUGCUAUAAGAAGAAAAAAUUUUGUGUAAAAGAACCCAGACGUUUGUACAAAAAGUUUUUAUUUUUGCAAAUGGAACACAAAAACAUGCCUUAAUCCAGUGAAGUGACUGAGCAAGUAAGGAUAUGGAAGGACUGGGAUAUGUUACUUGUCCAGAGAGGUAAUAUGUGGGGUUUGUCAAUACCAAAAAUGUUUAAAAUAAUUAAUAAUAAAGAAGUCCAUCUCAGAGCAGCAUACCAUAGAUACUUGGAAGUAGCCAAAUAUCCUCUAUGUUAACUACAGAGGGCCAACAACUAAAGAUAAACUUGAAAAUGCAGUCAGGACAGAUACUAACCUUGCACAAAGGGCUUUGUUUUCUACAGGAAUACAACAAUUGUAGCAGUGAAUCCAGAAAAAUCACACACUUUUUUAAAUGAAUACACCUCUGAUUUUCCUUAAUGCAAUUAACCAACUAGAUAAUUUAGCAUUUAGAGCUCUCUUCUUGCUUCUGGAAUUUUCAAUUAUUUUUGGGGGGUUUAUUUUAAAAUUCGUUUUUUUAAUCCCGAUUAGGUUUUCUUAUCUCUGCUGCAUCCUUUCUUCCUGCCUGUGUCACUUUAAAUCAUGAUAUUCUUAUUUAAAGUACUGCUAGAAGUGGGCUGCUGUAAAUUCUGUUUUUUCUCCUAAUUAGCCUUGUCAUGCAGUGAUUAUCAUGCUAUACAUUACGUUCUUCAUUUUGACAGCAUGAUAGGAUUCUGUUUUGUACCAGGUCAGUAUGAUUUUCACAUAAUUGACAAGGGUAAUAUGCAUAUACCUGAGUGAUUUUUAGUCCCUUAAAAAGGAAAACCUUAUCUUGACCUAGUGCCCACAAAAUGUCAAAUAUUUUUAUACCACAUAUAAUACAGACAACAUAUUUAUAACUAUAAAUUUAACCAUGGAUUGUUAGUUUUACUGUAAAUGAAUAAUAUAUCCUUGCAGUACUUUCAGUGUGUAUUGAUAUCACAGUAUACAAAUCAUAUAUGAAUAAAUAUAUAUAUUAUUUUUUCCUACUAAGGAAGCAUUUAACUUUCAGUGGACCAACUGUCCAUAAAAAAAAUAGAUGUUUUGAUCAUUGGAAGGGGUUCCCCUGCUGUAUUAACUGCUCAUGUUCUCUUUGUGUUAGGUAAAGCCAGUUUCUCUCAGUAUGAUUUUGAUGUACCUUUUGACAUACCUCCUCUUUUGUGUGGCAUGAGUUUAAUACUUUAGUAUUAACCGCUGUGAAUGUCAAAUUUCAAGAUAUUCUUAACAAAACUAUUUUAGUAUAUUAUCAUAUUUAGCCCCUUCUCCCAUCAGCCUCACCGUGGUGAUUUUGACAGGGAGAUUAUUUAAUCAAGUGAAAACAUUAUUUGUAUCAGUUAAGGGGCAACCUAGAAUGUUAUUAACUUCUCUUGGACUCCAGUGCAGUGCUCUGCUUUGACUGUAUCGGAGCUCACAGUAUACCUGACCUUAGAUGGCAUUAUGCAUUUGCACCUUCCGUUGACAUCAAAUUCACCAAAGGUGCUCAAUGCCUUUAAGGACUGGCCCUCUGAGUCUUCUCUCUCAAAAGAAGGUUCUGAGGAGUUUCUGCCUCCUCGCCUUUGGGCAUGCUAUGGGGAUUUCAACUUUCCAGAGGUGCCAUUUGGGUUUUGUUGUUCUCUGUUGUUUGUUUCCCAGCCAGUUUCAACUAAAAGAGAAAUAAUCUGAAAGUAUGGCAUGGGCUUUAAUUCAUGCUGUUGACAAAAUUAGUGCUAAGUUAUUCUUGCUAGCUGCCACUCAUCUGGAGUACUGGAUCCUCAUUUGGUUUCCGCUCCAAGGAAAACUGUGUCAUUGGGAUUCCAUCUGUAAUAAAGGGUCUUUCCUAGUAAUCCAAGAUACCUGAAGAAACUUUAAAAAGCCUUGGUGAUCUCCAAGCUGUUGAUCUCUGAAUCUGGCAUACUAAGGGUUUUUUUGCCCAGCUUCAUUCUAGGUAUCUAGGAAUCAUGGUAGCUGUUCUUCUGGCUCUUCCUUGCUAGUGAAGAAGCUUGCUUGUGUUCUCCAGCAGGAUGGAUGUUGAGAAGGGUGUUGUGAACUUAAGGGAACUCGAAACCAUGUAUAUGAAGGGGGGAGGGCGACUGUGUCAGGGCAGGGGGUGUUGAGGCUGGCACGCCAAUGAGAAUUAGAAUUUCUCUGUUGUUUACACUUUUUCAUGUGCAGCAUUCCGUGGGGUUCAUAUGUGGGAACUUGCACUAAUGAACUCAGAAGAAUAUUGUGUUGUUGUAUCUCAGUCCCAGUGCUUGUACUGCAAUGGCAAUGGUCUCUUCUUGCAAAAUACUUUUUUCAGUGUGCCAAUUUCUGUUUGAAAAACUCCAGGAUGGUUGAGCUUAAGGAGUGGUAUUCUCUUUCUGGUGCAGUUGGACUACCUUGCUAAAGCUUCCUCUUGGAAGCAACUUACUGCAGGUAAAUUUGUAAGUGUGUUAAUUAUAGCGAGGUUCUUCAGAAGAACGACAUUCUCUGCGUAUGGAUCGUGCUGCCUUCCUUCUGUGCUAGUUUAUGUCCACACACAACCCAGCUGAAGUCAAUGGGGUGGACACGUAGGAUUUGAUCAUCUUUCUGAUACAUACGUUUCAGUUUGUGCACACUGCGUGUGGCUUCCAUGAGUAUAAGUUCAUGUAACCUGUGCACAUACAUUAAAUGAAAUAUUUACAGUAAUGACAAAUAUGUAAACGAGCCAGUUGAUAUCAAAGGAUUCAUUUUGCUGUGAAUUGAAACUUAACAACUAUAUUGUAAAUUCCAGAUUACUGCCGUAACAUUUCCCUCUCAAUGUGCAUGUACAAGUGUAUGUAUGCAGGUACACGUAUCCUUGAUAAUCUGGAUUUACCCAAAGCUAAUAAUUUUCUUUUGUGCAUGCACAUUGGCAGAUUCAGCCUCCCUGCCUUUCAGAGUGCUAGUGCUGAAUGCUGUUCGGCUGUGUCUCCCCUACACUGGACUUCUUUUGGCCAGAUUGUAUGACAGACACAGAAUACCUGUUAACUUUAAACCUGAACACUAAAUGCUCUGACAGACCAGACAGGAGAGGAAGCACAUUUUUUAUACUGUUCCCCCACUUUUGGAGUCCAUUUUGCAGAUGAGUGAAGGUACAUGAAAAACAAUCUGUAAUUAUGAAGGAAAUUGCACCCCAUCUGCUUGAACACAGCAGGUGCUUCAGUCAACAGCAAGUGAAGGUACAUGUGGAAAAUCCCUGUUAUUCCUAUUUAUUACACUAAUGGGCUUUGAUGGUGUUCUGGUCUCCAGUUCUGCAUUGCUUCUCUAGUUAUUAUAGCCCAUUCUCUAGAAAUGGCUUGAUUGGCCAGUCUUAAACACAGAUUAACUUGUUUUGCUUUAAGGUAGUUAAACUUGUACUAAGAUGAAGAAAAGGCCACUGUCUUGACUAUUGAGUUAUUUCCAAUUCCUUAUUGCUUGGCAAAUCUCAUAUUAAUUGAUUACCACCAUUCUGAGGGGAACUGCUUGAACUACAGAAUUCCCUGGUCACACAUGCUGUUGAAUCGGAUGACUUAUUCAAAAUAUCUCCUAAUAAGUAAUCAAUCUUUUUUUUUUCUGACCUUUUUGCCUUGAGCAUGUUUGUCACACAAUAUUGUUACUGACAGAAUUUGCUUUUGAACAUGUACUGUGUGUGUAGCAGAUUACUUUUUAGAUCUAAAACAGAAAAAUAAUUGUUUAAGUGCAAAAAUAAUGUGAGCAUUUUUAUUCAGAAAUUGCUUUCUUAGCAAUGAGACUUUUUUAGUUGCAUUUUGAUGGUGUUAUUGCUUGGAAAUUACCCUUUAACUUAAUUGGCAGGUGACAGAUACACCUUGAAAAUAAGUUAGGAAUGAACUAAUAGCUUGAAAAUGGCUGCAAAACAGUCAAUUUCUUUCUAAAAGAAGUUAAAAUACACUAGUCACUCAAAAUUUUUUGUUUUCCAUCUUUAAAAAGGGCAGCAAUGAUGCCAGCAUAACAUUUAUAUGGGCUGGGUGAUUCGCUUCAAAACCGUGCAGGGCAGGGUAAGUAAACUGUCCAUACUUUAUUCAGGACAGAGAUUGUCUUAGUAGUGGGCAGGGUGAUUGUUAUGGUGAAACUCUUAGCUGAGCAGUCUUCUUCCCCUCUUUUAAAUGAACAAGGAGCAGCUUUGAAGUCCUGAUUAAAAUGGCUGUAGCCUUAAGCCAUGCAGUUAAAAGUCAGCAAGGGAAAAUGAAAGUGUUUUUUUUUUUUUUGUGAAGAGGAUACCACCAGGCUUAAGCUGAACUAGCCUUGUUUGCAAGUGAAGGAUCUGGUGCUGCUUUUAGAUUUUAAAUCUUUGUUUUGUUUUUGGUUUGCUUUGUUUGUUCUGUUGUGUAAGCUUUAAUCACUGUUUGUCAUUGUCUUAAAGCCAGCUGGUGUCUCUUGUUCAUCAGCUUUGGUACGGUGGUGCUUUGCAAGGAUGUAUUUAUAUUAUAAUGGCCAACAUUUGGUCAGCCCUAUUCACUCACUCACUUUUUUUUUUUUUGUAAA